GCGCAUCUUCAGCACUUCAGCACUUCAGCUGAGGAAACAGAGCUGUGUCUCUUUAAGUUGCGACCAAAGCCGAUUAUUGUCGAUUCUGCUUUUAGCGUCUGUUCACGUGUCUUUCACACUUAAGUUAUUGUGUGCACAAGACCACCAAAAGCGUUUAACGAGAUCUGUGUGGCUCAUUUGGUCGCAGGAGAUUUACUGUUCUGAUUGUUUGUGCAUUUGUCACCGGAUCGGAAAUUACUGGAUUAUCUAUUCCCUUAAAUCUCUUCCACUUUGUUUACUUUUUUAAGGUCUGUCUCUGAUGGUCAUGGGCUCGUGCACAGCGGCGUGAGACGUCGAGGUGGAAAAUGCAGAAAAGUGUGCGCUAUAAUGAGGGGCACGUAUUUUAUCUCUCUGUGAUCGCGCGUAAAGAGGGAACGAAGCGGGGCUACUUGAGCAAGAAAGCAACUGAUAACAGUCGCUGGAACGAGAAAUACUUUGCUCUAUACCAAAACAUCUUGUUUUACUUUGAGAACGAGCAGAGCAGCAGGCCGACAGGGAUUUAUUUACUGGAAGGAUGCAACUGCGAGCGCAUCUCUGCGCCCAAAGUGUCUACAGUCAGCAGAGACAAUUCAGAGAAGCAGCAGCACUAUUUCCUGGUCAUCUUCGGCCACGAUGGACAGAAACCUCUGGAGUUGCGGGCCGAAGAGGAUGCAGACUGCACUGAGUGGGUGGAAGCCAUUCAACAAGCCAGCUACUCUGACCUCAUCAUCGAGCGUGAGGUUCUCAUGCAAAAGUACAUCCACCUGGUGCAGAUCAUGGAGACGGAGAAGGUGGCUGCCAAUCAGCUCCGCACACAGCUCGAAGACCAGGACACGGAGAUCAAACGACUCAAGACUGAGGUUCUAGCUCUAAACAAAUCAAAGGAGAGAAUGUUACCUUGUCAUUCCAUUCAAGAUGAGGAUGAGCCUGACAUAAAGAAAAUAAAGAAGAUACAAAGCUUCAUGCGUGGCUGGCUUUGCCGGAGAAAGUGGAAGAUCAUUGUUCAAGACUAUAUCUGCUCACCCCAUGCUGAAAGUAUGAGAAAAAGGAACCAGAUUGUCUUCAACAUGUUGGAGGCUGAGACUGAAUAUGUGCUUCAGUUGUCCAUCCUGGUUAACUGCUUUCUGAGGCCACUCAGGAUGGCUGCCAGUUCCAAAAAACCUCCGAUGGGCCAUGAUGAUGUUAGCAGCAUCUUCCUCAAUAGUGAAACUAUAAUGUUUCUUCAUGAGAUAUUUCACCAAGGCCUAAAAGCAAGAAUUGCCAACUGGCCAAGAUUAGUUUUAGCCGACCUCUUUGAUAUAUUGCUGCCAAUGUUAAACAUCUACCAAGAAUAUGUGCGGAAUCACCAGUACAGUCUUCAGGUUCUAGCGAACUGCAAGCAGAACCGUGACUUUGAUAAGCUGCUCAAGCAGUACGAGGUCAAUGCUGCCUGCGAGGGCCGAAUGCUGGAGACCUUUCUGACCUACCCCAUGUUUCAGAUUCCUCGAUAUAUCAUCACUCUGCAUGAGCUGCUCGCCCAUACUCCCCAUGAGCACGUAGAACGCAAGAGUCUGGAUUUUGCCAAAUCUAAACUAGAAGAGCUGUCCAAAAUGAUGCAUGAUGAAGUAAGUGACACAGAAAACAUCCGUAAGAAUCUUGCCAUUGAGCGCAUGAUCGUGGAAGGCUGCGAUAUCCUCUUAGACACCAGUCAGACCUUUGUACGACAAGGCUCUCUGAUCCAGCUGCCUUCAGUGGAAAGAGGCAAACUGAGCAAAGUGCGAUUGGGCACGCUGUCUUUGCGCAAAGAGGGCGAGCGCCAGUGUUUCCUCUUCACCAAACACCUUCUGAUCUGCAACCGCACCUCCAGCGGCAAGCUGCAUCUGCUCAAACAAGGAGGAACUCUGUCUCUUAUAGAGUGCACACUCAUUGAAGAGCUGGAUGCCAAUGAUGAAGACUACACUGCUGCUGGCCAGGGCUUCAGUCAUUUAGAGUUUAAGCUGCUGGUCGAGCCAGCUGAUGGGCCGUCCUUCGCAGUAGUCCUGCUGGCACCGUCUCGCCAAGAGAAAGCUGCCUGGACCAGCGACAUCAGCCAGUGCAUCGAUAACAUUCGCUGCAAUGGCCUUAUGACCAGUGUUUUUGAAGAGAACUCCAAAGUCACUGUGCCUCACAUGCUCAAGUCAGAUACAAGGUUACACAACGAUGAUGUGGAUAUUUGCUUCAGCAAGACACUCAACUCAUGCAAGGUGCCACAGAUCCGCUACGCCAGCGUUGACCGUCUUCUGGAGCGGCUCACUGACCUGCGUUUUCUUUCCAUCGACUUCCUUAACACGUUCCUGCACACAUACCGCAUCUUUACCACUGCGGCUGUGGUCAUGGACAAAUUGAACGACAUCUACAGGAGGCCAUUUACCUCCAUACCUGUCAGGAUUCAGCACCACUCAACUGACCGUUUGUCCAUCUCCUCCAUCUGUCCAGACUACAGCCUGAAGAUCACAAGGCUUGCCCUGGACCAGUCUAAGUCUCUAGAGCUCUUUUUUGCCACUAACCAAGGCCCGUGGGGCAAUGAUCUACAGAACAACAAGUCCCCCCGUCUGUCACGCAAGUUCUCUACACCUCCUCCUCUUUCAAUACCUUCAUGGACAUCUUCACCCAUGCAUUGUCGUAAACUGUCGCUCAGCUCACCUGUAAGUGGUGUGAAAGCCAUGGCUCUGGAUCUCUCAGCCUCGUCCUUAACAGUCAGUAGUCCCACAUCCACCUACAACCCCAUGAUCUCUUCUCCACCCCCCAACUGUACUAAAGCUCCACUGGACCUGAGCAAGGGCCCCAGUUCCCCAGAGCUAGGCCCCAGCACACCAGAGGAAGGUGGGGAACUCCCACGUACUGACGCAACCUGCGGCAAGCUAAGGAGGAGUGUUAGGCGGAAUUUAGAGUCUUUGUCAUUUGACAAGUUCAUCCCAGAGACUCCUACCUCUGUUGAGUCAGGAGACUUAUCUCUGUGCAGCUUGUCCUCUACCCCUUCCUCCACCCCACGACACCCGCGUUACAGACAGCCAGGAGGUUUCACCAGCCCAGAGAAGUCAUACGACAAGGAGUUUCUUAUCCGCCGGGCCGCCACUAACAGGGUUCUCAAUGUCCUGCGACACUGGGUAUCCAAGCAUUCGCAGGACUUUGAUAUGAACAGAGAACUGAAGGCUGGAGUGAUCAAUCUGCUAGAAGAAGUGCUGAGGGAUCCUGAUCUGCUACCUCAGGAAAGAAAAGCCAUAACCAACAUACUAAGUGCCAUUUCUCAAGAAGAACCAGAUGACACGCAGCUUAAAAUCAAAGAUAUCCUCUAUACGGCUGAAUACUCCAAAAUGGAGUGUUUUGAGUCUCUGUCUGCCAUGGAGCUGGCUGAGCAGAUCACCUUACUGGACCAUAUUGUGUUUAGAAGUAUUCCCUAUGAGGAAUUUCUUGGCCAAGGAUGGAUGAAAGUGGACAAAAAUGAAAGAACUCCGUACAUCAUGAAGACUAGUCAGCAUUUUAAUGAUAUGAGUAAUCUAGUGGCAUCUGAGAUCAUGUCUCACACAGAGGUGAGCUCCCGUGCCAACUCAAUCGAGAAAUGGUUGGCAGUAGCCGAUAUCUGUCGCUGCCUCAACAACUACAACGGCGUGCUGGAGAUCACAUCUGCUCUCAAUCGCAGUGCCAUAUACAGGCUGAAAAAGACCUGGGCCAAAGUCUGCAAGCAGACCAAAGCAGUAAUGGACAGGCUGCAGAAAACAGUGUCUUCUGAAGGGAGAUUUAAAAACCUAAGAGAAACCCUAAAAAACUGCAAUCCUCCAUGUGUACCAUAUCUGGGCAUGUACCUAACAGACUUGGCAUUUAUUGAAGAAGGUACACCAAAUUUCACAGAAGAGGGGCUGGUCAAUUUCUCUAAAAUGAGAAUGAUUUCUCUCAUCAUAAGAGAGAUUCGACAGUUUCAGCAAGCCUCCUACAGGAUAGAUCAUCAACCCAAGGUGACACAGUUUCUGCUUGACAAAUCGCUCGUUAUGGACGAUGACACUUUGUACGAUCUGUCUCUAAGGCUUGAACCAAGACUCGCUUCUGCCAACUAAAGACACGUCUCAGCAUGUCUGCUUGGUCACGAUGGAACACAGCAUAUGGACAAUACUUCCGACUUUGGCAGCAGAUCAGGGAAUGCUUAAGUGAAUGUGAAAAUGAUGACAAAGCCUGAUCUUCUCUAAAGUGUUUUUUAGGAAGUCAGCACACGUUUUUUUAUACAGUUCAUGCCAAAAGUUUAAUACGUCUAGGCUUAAGAUCUCUUAGUCAAUUAAGGCAUCUACUUUUUUCAUAUUAGAGCUUAAUGUAAAACAUUUGAUUAGAUAGCAGAUCAAGAAAUUCAGUGUCUCUUUAUACAGUAUGGAACAUUCCAGAAACUGAUUUAAGGACUGAGAGAGCAGCUGUAUACUAUAGCAUGAGAAAAUCCAUGCAACUCUGCCAAGUCCACAAAAAAAAAAAAUUUACACCACCAAGAUCUGGUUCUUCUUUACUCCUGUAGAUACACUAUAUGGCCAAAGGUUUAUGUACACCGGAAUCUCACACACCUAUAUCACACCCCUGAUUGCACAAGAGGCUUUCCCAAUUGACAUUAGUGUAUUAUAGAGGAAUGAGGCAAAGAUGAACUAUCAGGCAUAAACAAACUAUCAGUACUGGUGGAGGAGUUGGUAGCAUUAGUGUAUGUAAAUCUACAUUACAUUAGUGUACAAGGAAGAAAAUGUCUACCCCUGUCUAAGACUGUCAUAAAAAAGCUACACUGGAGUUUGUAGGUUAUACUGAGAAAAUCUGAUUAAGUAACGGUUGUAACAAAUCUGUCUCUUUGCUAUGACCUCUUAAGGAUAUAAAGAUAUACACUGAUUGCCCUAACACAGGAAAUGUAUAGUAACAUGAAAUGUAGAAAUUUUGAACACUUUAUCCUAGGUGUAUGUAACCUUUUGGCUUCUACUGCACAUAGAUAAAUCAAUGUCAUAAUACUGUUCUUAUCUUUCUUAUGAGGUAACAUUUAUCUGAAAUUGUAAAAUGUUAGAUUUAGAAUAUUUUUUAUUUAAAUACUCGAAUACUCAGGUCAUACUGUGCCUUUUUUUCUGAAUACAAAAUAUCUGUAUAAUUCCAGAAAUGUCUGUUUUAUUAUUUAAAGAAAUGAUGUGGAAUUUCUUAAAGUCUAUAAAAGAAAUAGGCACUAAAACAGGAUGUGAUGCAGAGAUGCUGAAACACAUUGCCUUGAAAUAAGUGAAACAAGGUACUGACGGUUUGACAGACUGAUAUUUUAUAAAAAGGGACAGAUUAUUGUUUUUAAAUAGCUCUUAAGGUGGUUCAUUGUAAUGUGUGACAGUAAACAAUGGCGCCACCUAACUGAGGACAGUGAAACAUCAUGCAGUGGCAGGGGUUCGGCCCUGAAAAAGCACCUUUAGUUAUUUGUGAAUGCAUAGAUACAUAAUAGAAAAUAAAGCGAAAUGCCACUUUACUUAUUUUACAUUUACAUUUUACACUUUAAUUAUUUAUUUGCUUGAUUUCCACAUUUGGUAGUUUACUGUAUACAAAUAACUUUUUUUGUAAUAUUAGACAGAACAAUAGUUUUGCAUGAGACCAAUAUCUGAUUUAUGUGUCUUUUUUCUUUUUUAGUUUUGUACAUGUUAAUAUAAAACUGUGUAUUUAUAUUAAGGUAUUUGCUAUAUUUGGUAUAUUGUUUGCUUAUUCCUUGUACAACUUGCUAAAAUACUACAAACCUUAA